CCCUCCGAUCUGCAAGAAGUAAUGGUGGAAAGUACAGUGAAUGUGAGCUGCUCUGCUGAAGCCCCCUGCCCAAAACAACCUCCUAAUAUAACCUGGUCUUACAUUCCUGAAUAUGCCAACAUUACAACACAGUUACUGGAGAACCCAAAUAUAACGCAGUCAGUGAUUUCACUCAUGACCUUCAAAGCUUCAUAUGUGGAUAACAGAAGAAACAUCUCCUGCAUUGUUACGUACCCAAGAAAUACAUCUAAUGACUCAACUGUGGAGACCACCAUGUUACUAAAUGUCUUGUUUCCUCCAAAAGAAACUAACAUCAUCAUCAGUCCAUCUGCUUCAGUGCCUGUUGGCACAAAUGUGACUUUGACCUGCAAAAGCACAGCCAAUCCAUCAGAUAAAAUGAACUACACCUGGUACAAAGGUGGACUGGAGAAACAACUGAUUUUUGGAGAACGCUUGUUCUUAAAUGUAAAUACUAAUAGUGGAGGUUUGUAUUUCUGCAAGGCAGAGAAUAAACUUGGUAAUCAAACGUCAGAAGGGAUCCAGCUAGUUGUGGAAGAUGCUGCUGCCUUGAAAUCUCUGUAUUUGAUCAUUGGCUGUGUUGGAGGAGUUUCGUUGUUUCUGUUUUUAUUUCUGCUGGUAACACUUCUCCUAAGAAUUCGAAGAGUAAAGUCAUUCGUUGAAAGGGAAACUGACACGGAUCAGCUUCAGGAAAAACCUGUGCAGAUCAGCACUGUUUAUGCUAAUGCUGCCUUUUUGGAGAGUGAAGAGCCAGAGAUGCCAAAUGCUGAGGAUGACAUUGUCCACUAUGGAGAAAUUGACUUCACCAGUCCCCAAACCAAAAGCACCUCAGCGCAAAGCUCAGGACAAGAAACCACCAUAUAUGCUGAAGUUUGCAAUAAAGAGGUCUGUCAGGAUUAGUGAACAUAUGA